ACUAUAAAGGAAUCGCAGUUUUACUAUUGAUAGCAUUGUUCGUGGGCGACCGAUUUCUUUUAAAAAGGUAUAGUUUUUCUUGAAGAGAUUUACAUUUAGGGAUCAAAUGUGUAGAGGUUUUAUAGCAACAGAGUUACCGACAGCAAAUAGAAUAUCUGGUUCAACGUCAAACUAUAAUGGACACCGAAGAUCAACACGCUACGGGAGGACAUGCUUUUCUUACUUCCAAAGAAUCAAAAGCAAACGAAAUACUUCUCCAAUACAAAAAUCAAUCAAUUUCUGACGGAAUAGAACAUCCUGAAUCUUAUGCUCCCGGAAUGCAUUUUUUCAAUGCGAAACCAUUAAUUGACAAAAGUGUUAUCUUUCGCAUUUUGAAGGCGAUGCCAAAAGGUUCAAUCCUUCAUCUACAUAAUUCAGCGGCAGUAUCUUCAAGAUGGGUCAUAAAAAAUCUUACUUACCGAUCUGAAGCAAAAUUAUGCGAUUCGGAGGGUAAAACUAUUUUUACAGCAAGGUCUUUCAAAUCAUGCUCAAAUGGUACGUUGCAAAAUAUACCGGCAAUGAGAUUGCAGAAUGAUUCUGUUCAGGCAUUCGAUCUUUGGCUCGAGUCUCUUAUAAAUUUGAAGCUACGAGAAUCCGACCUCAUGUACGUUGACAUGAACACCAUUUGGGUGGAAUUUGAACAGAUGUUUACGGUUCUCAAAGAUUUUCUUGGAUACAAACCGUUUUUUGAAGCAUACGCCAAUCGAUUGUUGCGGGAAUUUUUUGAAGAUAAUGUAAUGUAUUUGGAGCUGCGCAUGUCACUUUCGAAGCUGUAUGAUUCGGACGAGAAAAUCUACGAUGAAAUAGAAGUAGUGCGUACUAUGGCAGAGAUAGUAAAAUCAUUCAAGGAAAAAAAUCCUGAUUUCAUUGGAGCCAAAGUAAUAUUCUCCAAACAUCGAGGCAUGGAUAGUACUGUAGCGCAAAAUUACCUAAAGACUUACAAUCGGUUGAAGGAAGAAUUUCCUGAAACAGUCGUUGGUUUCGAUAUAGUUGGACAAGAGGAUAUCAACAAACCGUUGUCUAAUUUCAUUGACGAAUUGCAACAAUAUAAGAAAAGUGUGUCGUACUAUUUUCAUGCUGGAGAGACAAAUGGUUACGGAAAUGAUGCGGACCUAAACUUGAUAGAUGCUGUACUGCUAAAUAGUCGAAGAAUUGGACAUGGGUAUGCCUUAUUCAAGCAUCCAGUUCUGCGGAAAAUUGUCAAAAGCAAAGGAAUUGCAUUGGAGGUGUGUCCUAUUUCUAAUCAAGUACUGCGUCUAUUAAGUGAUCUUAGAAAUCAUCCAGCAGUUUCCUUUGUUUCGGAAAACUUGCCGCUAGUAAUAUCAAGCGACGAUCCAGGAUUUUGGGAUAGCAUAGGAGUUAGCUACGAUUUUUAUUACGUUUUCAUGGCGUUUGCUCCUCGGACUGCUGGCAUUGGUUUUCUCAAACAAAUCGUAUGGGAUUCGGUAAGAUACAGCACAUUGACAUCGAAUGAAAGAACAUCAUACGCAGAAAUAUUGCAACAAAAAUGGGAUAAUUUUAUCGACGCAAUAAUAGAAGGAAAAUAUAAUCAAAUGUAACGAAACAGUUCAUUCAUCGGUACAGAGUAGUUUUUGUUUGAUGAAAUGUUUGCAACAAGUCACUAUUUGAUCAAAGCACCUUCUAAACCCAUGGAUUCCACGCUCCUAAAAAAAUGAGAGUGAUGAUAUCAAAUUUAUAAUCAGAACUUUCAAGGACUUACGAAAUAAGGAUCAAAAAUAAUUUUAUCAUAUUCUUUCAUGCUGUACUCUCCCAGUAGCUCAAUUCUGGCUUGGCAAUCCACCGGUGACAUUGCUUUCAAAUCUCUCAUAUUUCCCUCAUCCAUCCCGAAGAUGUAGUCGAACUCGACGAAAUCCUCUUCCACAAUCUGCCGUCCAAUGUGUUCCGAGGUCAGAUUAUUUUCACUCAGCACCUGCAGACAUCGCUCUUCUGGUGUUCGACCUACAUUCCAGCUGGCAAUUGCCGCACUGUCAACCAAACAAUGGUGGAUAUUUUCUUUCGCUAGCAAAUCUUUCAUCACUGCUUCCGCCAUCGGAGACCGGCAUGAGUUACCUGCAUACGUAAGUUGUGAAAGAAUCAGAUUUUUUCACGUCCUAAGAUAGUAAUUGUGGAGUUUUCAAAUUACCAAUGCACACGAAAAGAAUUUUCAUACUGCAGUCAAGGGAAAGGACUAAAACAAACUAUUCGGAAUGGUGACAAUGGAAAGGUAAUAAAAGUCACAUCCAGUAGACGCCCUCCCUGUAGCAGUGGAUAGUUUUCACUUCGUUGUUCGAGAAAAAAAAAAACUACACCUGUGCUUGAAAUAAAAUAAU